AUGGCUGCUCCACUUAAUCUGGAAGAGAAUGGACCCUUCAUUCCCAUUAUUGAAGAGAAAGAUGGUGAAAACACUAGGCUUGUUCCAAAUCCUAGACGAAAAUAUGAUGAAGAUGAUAGGAAGAAGAUUGAAAAAGGGUACAAAGCAAAGAAACUUCUUGUUUGUGGUAUAGGACCUGAUGAGUUCAAUCGUUUCUCAUCUUGUGAAUCUGCAAAAGAGAUAUGGGAUUGCUUAAAAACAGCCCAUGAAGGAACUGAACAAGUAAAAGAGUCAAAGAUUAAUAUGCUUACCUCUCAGUAUGAAAAUUUCAAAAUGAGAGAAGGUGAAACUAUUCAUGAAAUGUUCACUAAACUAUCAUUAAUCACAAAUGAGUUGAGAAGUCUUGGAGAACCUAUCAGCAUGAGUAAGCAGGUCAGGAAAGUGAUUCGAAUUCUUCCCAAGUCUUUGGGAAAGUAA